AUGCCCGCGGGAUCUGCAUGGUGCCGCCUUGCUGUGCUCCUGCUGUUCUCCGUGCCCCUGUGGGCAGCUGAGAUUUCCUGCAGGAAUGAAGACGGGGAGACGGUGGACUGGUUUGCUCUUUACAAGCUGCCAAAACAUGCCAAAGGACAGAUUCCCAUGCUGGGACUGGAAUACCUGUACAUGGAUGCCCUGGCUCCGCAGUGGCAGCUUGGUAAAUAUCUCAUCAACAUGACACAGGGUGCUCUUGGACAAACACUGCAGCAGCUGUAUGAGACCUAUGAAUCCAAGAGGAACACCACUGCUUAUGCAAUAUACAACGAUGAGAUCCCUGAAUCAGACUCCAAAGGGUCGAAAUGUGGACACACCAAAGGAUUUCUGCUGCUGGAUAAAUCACAAGGCUUCUGGGUGAUUCACAGUGUACCCUUGUUCCCUCCAAGCCCUGAGGAUGGUUAUGGAUAUCCACCUACUGGGGAGUCCUUCGGACAGACAGCCAUCUGUAUAACCUUCAAAUAUGAUCAGUUCACAGAAAUAGACCAACAGAUGCUGAGUUAUAAUCCAGGAAUCUACAGCUGUUCCAUCCCUGACAUCUUCCAAGCUGAUCUCACAAAUCUCCAGAAACUCUGUGCAAAGUCCAGGCUGCCCUCAGUCCCCUUGCGCCACCUCUCCAAGCUCCAGUCAGCUCAUGGGGAAACCUUUCUCCACUUUGCAAAGUCACACUUGUUCAUAGAUGAUAUCUAUGUGGCCUGGAUGGCUCAGAAGCUGAAGACUGAUUUGUUGGCUGAAUCCUGGCAGCGUUCUGGUGAAAAGCUUUACUCAAAUUGCUCUCUUGACUACCACGUAUACAACAUAAAUGCAAUAGGGAUGCCAUUGAACUCCACCUUUCAUUCCAUUAAUGAUCAUUCUAAAUGGGCUGUUUCAAGGAAAUACAAAGAUCAGUGGACAUGCAUUGGGGACUUGAACCGUGCUGCCGAGCAAGCUUGGAGAAGUGGUGGGUUUAUCUGUACCCAGAAUGAACAGAUCUACAAAGCCUUCAGGCAUUUGAUAAUCCACUAUGAAAGCUGCACUUCUGCUCCCAGAGAUCUAUAAACAACCAUUCCUGCCAACCAGCACAGCCCUUCUUGCAUGGAACUGUAGGAAAUGUUUCCCUUGAUCUGUAUUUUCACUCUGAAAAGCAGCCCUGUGAGUUUGAGAUGUGCUAGGCUGUCCCCUUGUUAUCUGUAGGAGCAGGUGGUGUGCAGGUGAAGGGCAGCUGGUUUCCUGUGCUGUGUGUGCUGGAACCUGCUCUGUUGCCUUGGCUCCUGCCAGGACUCUGCUGCACAGGGCUGCACCAAAGCACAUCUCUCUGAACUCCCUGCACGGGCAUCCCUGGGCAGCCUGGGAGAGGGGCUGGACAUGGGACAGGAGAGACAACAGAAACAUCUCUCAUGAGCUGGGCUGUCAGGACUGGGCAGGUAGCAAGGGAUAAGUACCCCCAAAUACUUCAAAAUUGCUCUGGAUUUCUGGAACAAUUGAGAUAAACUGCAGCAUUUCUGCUCAGCUUGGGCUGAAUCUCUAAAAGAGCUGAGAAAAUUAGAUCCAAACCAGGGAAGUCAGUAGAUUUGAGGACAGGAAGGCCUCGUUUUUACGUGAUU